GGGUCUCCCUGAUACAGACCAGCUCUCUAGCCAUUGUAUUGCAAGUGGAAGCACGGUCAUCCCUGCCUGAAUACUUGAGACCAAAUGUUAUUUGAACUCAGUGGCACUUGCUUCUGAGUAGGGCUGCUAUCAAAUGGGACCAAAUGCCUUCAGGACAGAGGUGCGGGUCCUUUCUUCUCCAGGGAAUGCAUCUCACCUGCUUCUUACGGAGCGGAGCGGAAGCUUUGACCUUCCAAGCCAUGUUGUUGAAAGCAAACCUUGUUAACCUGCAUUAAGCGCUUUGAGACGGGCAAAACGUAUCACGUGUGUACUCAGCGCAGUGUGUGUUGCGCGAUGGCCUCAAGGUAAGAAGUGAUUCAAGGAUGUGCGUGCCGUUGGAGGGACAGUUCUCUCUACAAAAGGGGCCUCUGGAACGCGAGCAAGACCAGAGAAUUCAUGGCGGUUUCUUCGUCCCACAGAAAUCUAUGCCAAGCGCUUUUAAGCACCACAUAAAUGCUUACUCUCAGGGUUAUCAGAAGGCAGAUCAGGCACGGUGAGACUUCCUUUAGACAAAAGUUGUUUCUUUUUUUAAAAGCAUGUAAGCUUUUGAAUCACACAGCACUCUUCUUCAGGAUGAAUGGGUCCUCUGCCCUCGUGAACUCCAGAGGCGAAGGCAUGCCUCAAGUCACCCAGAUCUCACCUUAUUCUCUCGUUGCAGAAAUAAGCAUCCAGAAAGUUUGCAAAAUAAGCCUGCCCAUUGGGAGCGCCUUAGAGGGCCGUAGAUGUAGAUGAAGCCUUUUUAUUAUGACUACUUUUUUCAGUUUUGCGUUUGUUCCUGCCAAGCGUCUUCUCACCCAGUCUUUUCUGCACUCCAGGUGGCCUCUGUUAGGAAGCCCUCCCCCUUGAGGGUAAACCCUGGGGCUCCCAAGUGGGGCUAGGCAUUAAUUUAAAUGGCGACCGAUCUGUCCGACGCGGAUCCCGCAGACCGUAAGGCGCUUCCACUCUUAACGGGAGCCCCCCCGGACAAGUUGAGUGAGGCGGGCGAAGACGGCAUCAUGCCAAUCCGCCGGGCGGUGAAUUCCUCUGCUCGGGAAACGCCUCCCAAAAGCAAGCCUGCGGAAAGCGAGGAGGCCAAGCCAGAUCCUGACGUCAGCUCGGAAGAAUCCGCUUCGACGGUCGAGGAGCAGGAGACGGAGACCCCCCCGGCCCCCUCCAACGAGGCGGAGGCCCCCAAGCCGCCUGAGCCCGAGGAGAAAGGGGAGGCGAAGCCUGCCGAGGAAGCCAAGAAGGAUGAGAAGGACCCGGCUAAAGAGAAGGAGAAGAAGGUCAAGAAGACCAUCCCCACCUGGGCCACCCUUUCAGCCAGCCAGCUAGCCAGAGCCCAGAAGCAGACGCAGAUGGCGGCUUCCUACCGCCCCAAGAUGGACGCCAUCUUGAUUGAGGCAAUCAAGGCCUGCUACCAGAAAGGGGGGGCCUCCGUGGUGGCCAUCCGGAAGUACAUCAUCAGCAAGUACCCUUCGCUGGAGCUGGAGCGGAGAGGCUACCUCCUCAAGCAGGCCCUCAAGCGCGAGCUGGAGCGGGGCCUCAUCCGCCAGGUGAAAGGAAAAGGCGCUUCUGGGAGCUUCGUGGUGGCCCCGAACUCAGGGAAAGCGGCCCCCAAGUCCAGGGACCGGAAGAGGAGUUCUUCUUCGGCCUCCGGUCCAGAGCAGCAGGUGAAGCUGCAGGACGUCCUGCCCCUGGCCUUCACCCGCCUUUGUGAGCCCAAGGAGGCCUCCUACAGCCUGAUCAAGAAAUACGUCUCCCAGUACUACCCCAAGCUGAAAGUGGACGUGAGACCCCAGUUGCUGAAGAAUGCCCUGCAGAGGGCGGUGGAGAAGGGCCAGCUGGAGCAGAUCACGGGCAAAGGAGCCUCCGGGACGUUCCAGCUGAAGAAAUCUGGGGAAAAGCCCCUGCUGGGCGGCAGCCUGAUGGAGGAUGCCAUCUUGUCAGCCAUUGCGGCCAUGAAUGAGCCCAAGACCUGCUCCACCACCGCUCUGAAGAAAUACGUCUUGGAGAAGCACCCGGGGACAAACUCCAGCCUCCAGGUCCACCUGCUCAAGCGAGCCCUGCAGAAAUGCGAGAAGUGCGGCUGGAUGGAGCAGAUCUCCGGCAAGGGCUUCAGCGGCACCUACCAGCUCUGCUUCCCCUACUACCCCAGCCCCGGCAUUCUGUUCCCGGAGAAACAGAAAGAGGAUUCAGAGGAAGAGGGGGAGGAGUCUGAGGACGAGGAGGAGGAGUCCUCUGAGGAGGAAGAGGAAUCCGAGGAGGAGGAGCCCCUUCCGAAGAAGAGGAUGCAGAAGCGGCCCCCGCCGAAAGCCCGGAGCCGGGCCCCACCGCUGGUGAAGCGACGGGAGGCGAAGCCCAAGCCCCGCAAGGCCCCCCUGGCGCGGCGCGGGAAAGCCAAGCCCCCUCCGAAGAAGGCCAGAGCCCCCCCCGCCAAGGCCCGGCCCAAGGCCCCCCCGCCCCGCGUGGCCGUCAAGGCCCUCUCCGGCAACAGCCCGGCCCCCAAGAAGCCGGCCCUGAGCGCCAAGAAAGACCUGAAGGCCAAGAAGAGCAAGGCCGCCAUGCGGAAGUCCCUGCGGACGAAGAAGUAGCUCCGCCGGAGUGGCCGGCCGGCCCCUGCCUCUGAGGAACACGCGCGUGCUUGUGUUUUAUAAGUACCCCCCCACCCUCACACACACACACACAUUCGUACCUUAGUUCUGAUGCUUAAAACAUUUCUCUCUCUCUCUCCCCCCUUUUCCCCCCUUUGUGAGCAGUGGGGGAAACCGGUGACCCCCUACCGUCCAAGCAUUUCAGUUAGAUCUAGGUCCCUGUUUCCUGUGCCUUCUGCCCCCUCCCCCUCUGCCUGACCCCCUUCUCUCCUCCCCCCCCCCCCCCCGGCAAAACCAAUCACCAGAAACGUAGGAGCGCUUUUCUUUCUUUCUUUCUUUUUAACGUAAUCUGUACAGGGUGCAUCUUGGCUUUGGAUUCUGGGCUUUUAAAACUGGUUGCAAAGAAGAUUUCUAUAUUUUUAGAAUGAGGAAGACAAAAACUGCUCUCUGAAGGCCCUGUGAGGGCUGCCUUGUGGAGCUCUUGCGGGCCAGCCGUUCCGCUGCGCGCUGGUCUCCUUCCCAGAAAAGAGGCAACGCCAAGCGUACCAGGGAGUGGGGCGCCCCCUCCCUCCCUCCCUCCCCCCCCAGACGCCUCCUUCAUUAUCUUAGUUAGGGUGUUCUGUUGUUUUAGCGUAGUUGUUCUCCGCGGUGUUUUUCCGUCCCCCCCGAAACCCAAGCUUACGUAAAAGUCUUCUUGAAUCCAGCUUUUGAAACUUGUUCUUUUAAAAAGAAACGAAACGAACUUGAGUUUUGUCACUUAAUUGCCCCUCCCCCCCUUUUUUAAAAAUAAACUACGAGUGAAAUGUCAGAGAAAGAUCUGAUUGCUAACGUAGAGCUCUUGAGCGAGGAACGUGCUGUUUGCUAAAAUAAAAAUUAAGACUCUG